AUGUCACAAAAUCUCAUUUGUGGUGAUGUCACUGUGUUCACAGGUAAGGCAAACUGCCCUUACUAUGCCAAAGCUGAACAACUGGCUGACUAUCUCCAGGCUAACUUGCCAGACUUCAGAGUUCACAAGAUCGUUCAGCACCCUGACAAAUGGGAGCAGUGGCUUCAUGACAUUUGUGAAAUGAAUGGAUGGGAACACAAAAGGUCUCCUAUCAUUUGGAGAGAACUGUUGGACCGUGGAGGGAAGGGUCUGCUUGUGGGAGGAGUUAAUGAUUUUCUGGAAUAUGCCCAGCACUAUUACGGCAUCACCUCAAUGAUGUUGAGUGAGGAAAUGUUAGACAUUGCUGAGGAGAACCUGCAGGCGCAUAUUGAAAUUGAAAAAGAGGAGGAAGAGAUUAAAAGUCUUAUCAAGCCUUUGCAGAUCUGGAUCACCAGUGCUUCAGCUCCAAUGUGUUAUCAGCUGAUCCCUCUGUUGGCAAAUGGAGAAGUGUUUGGGAUGACCACAGAAAUCAGUAUCCAUUUGCUUGACACUGACCAGUUUAAGGAAGUUCUUUGCGGUAUUAUAAUGGAAGCUGAAGACAUGGCGUUCCCACUCCUCCGCAGUAUUUCCAAGCACACUGAAAUAGAUGAGGCUUUUAUUCAAGCCGAUAUUGUCAUUGUUCUUGAUGAUGUCCUCUUAAACCAUGAAGUCCAGUCCCUUGAGAACUACAUCAGAGAAGUGAGUGAGAUCUGUCAAGUGUAUGCUCCCUUGAUUGAGAAGAAUGCCAAGAGUGAGGUCAGAGUAAUUUCAUCAGGAAAAACCUUUGUAAACCUUAAGGCGUUGAUGAUUAUGACAUAUGGCCCAUCCAUUAAGCCUGAAAAUGUCAUCGCCAUUGCAACAUCCUGGGAAAGUGCAGCUAAAGCCAUGCUGGCCAGGAAGCUGAAUAUGAACGCAGCAGGAGUUAAAGAUGUGAUCGUUUGGGGCAAUAUUACUGGCUGUAACUACAUUGAUUUGUCACAUGCAAAACUUUAUGGAUAUGACUGUGCUAUUUGGGGCCCAGCUAAUUUUCCACAUCCUUUGUUGAAUAUGAUUUAUGAUAGCAAAUGGAUCCAUUCAGAAUUUCUAUCUGCACAACUGAAUUCCCGGGUCUGUAAUUGUGUAGGAAUGUUACCUGCUCAUGCGAUAGCCACUGUACUGAGAUACUGGUAUCAUGGCUCUCCUCCUGGGGAGAUUGUUUCUGUGGGAAUACUUACUAAAGGUCAAUUUUGCAUUCCUGAAGGAAUUGUCUUCUCUAUGCCAGUGAGGUUCCAGAAUGGUAACUGGGAAGUCAUGACAGAAUUAGAAAUUAAUGAAAUGACCCAAGAAGUUCUGGGACGCUUAGCCCAUGAGCUGAUUCAGGAAAAGCUUGUUGCACUAAAGGAAAUAAAAGAACUGCAUACAUAUGGAGCUGAUAAAAUCUCUAGUAAAAAAUAUUUGUGUCAAGGUGGGUUUUUCUUCCCCGAAAAGAUAAGAUCAAGUUUUAAGUAA